GGCGCAUCACGUGUCACGGGGUCUUGCGCUAUAGUGUCUUUAUGCCGCUAGCUGGCUCCCGGCUUUGCCUUUGCUACUACUGCGCUGCGCGAAGCAAUCCACCCUCGCGCAAGCGUAUUGCGCCUCCGCAACGCCACGCGUCCAGCGCCGCCACCGCUACGGCCCUCAAUUGCCCGCAGAGCCUGCUUGCUGUGCCCCGCUCGCUCGCUGCCGACGCCGUCGCCGCGUCAAACACGGCCAGCCGUCCCGCAAUCACAAAAAGCAUGGACGUCGACCCCACGCAAGAGGACGAGGCCUCGGCCUUACCCAAAGCCAGAGGAUUGGGCGCCGGCGCCGCGCUCUGGCACGACGAGGCGUCCAAUACGCAAAAGAUUUACGUGGAUCGCCAGUUCUUCGCGUCCUACGAGGACCAGGUCCAGGCGUUGACUGAUAGCAAAACCGUGUAUAUUGGCAACCUGUCGUUCUACACGACGGAGGCGCAAAUCGUGGAGCUAUGUUCGCGAACGGGACCCGUGAAAAAAGUAAUCAUGGGCCUGAAUCGGCACACGAAGGAGCCGUGCGGGUUUUGUUUCGUCGAGCACUACUCUUCGGAAGCUGCCUUGGAUACUGUCUCUCGUAUUACCGGUCUGGUGUUGGAUGACCGACCUUUACGAGCAGAGCUCGACUUCGGGUUCCGGGACGGGCGCCAGUUUGCGUCAGUGUUUAUUUUUCAUAUCAUUGAUCGCCGGGGACGAACCCUAUUCACCGAGUUGUUACACACCCUGACACCUUGUGAUGAAACGACGAAAACCAAACUUCCAUGGCACCGAGGCGACACACUACAUCGAUCGUGUUUCGUAUGAGCGCCCGCCGUCCCUCACGCAUCGACGACGCAGGUACGGCCGCGGCCAGAGCGGCGGCCAGGUGCGCGACGACCGGCGGGUGACGUACGACCCGGCUAGGGAUGCGCGGCGCGGCGCGGACGUCGUGGAUGCGCCGGCGCCGGCGCCGGCGGCGGUCCCUGAGGAGGAGCCCGCGGCGGAGACGGUGUCGGGCGCGAAGAAGCGGCUGCGCGACGAUGAUGACGACGAGAGCGAGGACGACUAAGUAAUUUUCGUGGUGUCACUGCGUGCUUCGCGUCUGUCUCGAGGCUCCUUGUGUUGCGGUGCUGGACUAAUAGUGUCACGGGUUUUUGCCCUCACCGAUUUUAGCUCCGCGCAUCUUCCUUUGCGCACCAAUCGCAUCCACGCCGCGAAAAAUCGAUUAAGACUUCCCUUGUGUGUCGCCCGAUCACAACUCCACUGAGUUCAAGCCCUUCUACGAAGCUCCGAGUCUCAGAGCCAACCAAAACAGUUUCUUUGGCUGUCAACC